AUGCAGGAAACAAAAGGAAAGCCUGAAGAUUCGAACGUUAGCGGGCUUUCUGGAGAUGAAUUUCCUUACGAGCAAAGCAGAUUUGACAAGAUUUUGAAUACUUUUCUGUGCAGAGGUGAUUUUGCAAAGCAAAGCUUAGAGGCACCACCAGUUUCGUUUAGAGAUCUAUUUCGAUUUGCAUCUGGUCUUGACAAGCUGCUAAUUUUUCUUGGAGUUUUAUUCGCUGUAAUCAGUGGCAUCGGGCAGCCAUCGUCAGUGCUGAUAGGUGGUCGAGUUGUUAAUAUCUUUUUAACUGAAUCUGAGUCCAGCAUUCUUAAAGACAAAGAUUUAUGGCUGAACUAUUUGAUCCUUAGCACGUCGUUGCUUGGUAGCUGGUGCGAUAAGGCACAAACAGUGUUGCAUGUACACCCUGGAAAUAGUGUUCUUUGGCAUGACGGUUACCAAAUGAUUUACGUCUAUGCAAUCGUCGGUGUUACUAUGGUAAUAUGUGGAAUCAUUCAGCAUAUUUGCUGUAGAACAGUUUCGAUCAAUAUAGCGAGAAAUUUAAGAAGAGAAUUUAUUAACUCAAUUGUUUAUCAAGACGCCGCUUGGUUCGAUAAUCAAAAGUCUGGCAAACUGACCUCGCAACUUAAUUCAAAAUGCAUGGCUACAAAUAUUGACCGAAUAAAAGACGGAAUUGGAGAUAAAAUUGGAAUGAUUACACGGGGCCUUACCUCGUUUGUUACCUGCCUAAUUGUAUCUUUUAUUUAUGAAUGGAGAGUGACGCUAGUGACCAUUUUAUUAGGACCACUUUCAGCAACGCUUAUGUCUUUUCAGGGCAGGUUUGUGGAUCAACAGUCUACGAAACAGAUGAAAGCUAGUGCUGAAGCAGAUGCUAUUCUUGAAGAAUCAAUUAUAAAUGUUAAAACAGUAGCUUCAUGUAAUGGGCAAGAAACUAUGAUUCAAAAGUACAAAAAAUUGCUUCAAAACGCCAAAAUUCAUGCUCUUAAAGGAUAUGCUUACAGCGGUUUCUUCGAUGGCCUUUUUUAUUUCUUGAUGUACCUCUUUAUUGGUAUCGGUUUUCUCUACGGUGGCUACUUGUAUAAAGUUGGAGUCUUUACUGAACCUGGAAAAGUAUUCGUUUCUGUCGGGUUAAUUUUGUACGGCUCUUACUUCUUGGGUGUACUAAGCCCUCAUUUUAUGGCAAUCAUAAGUGCUCGGGUUGCCGCUGCAGUAAUCUAUAAAACUAUUGACCGGAAACCAAAAAUCAAGUCUACUGACGAGAAAGGAGAAACGAUUAAAGAUCCAAAAGGUUUUGUUGAAUUCAAAGAUGUACACUUUUCCUAUCCAACAAAGCAGAAUAUAAAGGUGUUAAAUGGGCUUACAUUCAGUGCAAACAUCGGUGAAACCAUCGCUUUGGUUGGACACAGUGGCUGCGGUAAAAGCACAACCAUCUCUUUAUUAACAAGAUUAUAUGACUACCAGUCCGGAAGUGUAACAAUUGACGAAUGCGAAGUGAAGAAUCUGAAUAUUAAAUUUUUAAGAACAAUUGUUGGGGUUGUACAACAGGAACCGGUUUUAUUCAAUGGUACUAUUAAAGAAAAUAUUCGUUUGGGACGUCCUGAUAUAACAGAUCGAGAAAUUGUCGAAGUAUGUAAAAUGGCAAAUGCUCAUGAUUUUAUCUCAAAACUUAAUCAGAAUUACGACACUUUAAUUGGUGCUGGAGGAGUACAGUUGUCAGGCGGUCAAAAACAAAGAAUUGCAAUUGCUAGAACUGUCGCUCGAAACCCCAAAAUUCUUCUUCUCGACGAAGCAACUAGUGCAUUAGAUGCUGAAAGUGAGGUUGUUGUUCAGAAUGCUCUACGAAAGGCCUCAGUUGGACGUACCACGAUUGUCAUAGCACACAGGCUGUCAACAUUAAGAAAUGUGGAUAAAAUUCUGGUGGUUAACGGUGGAAAAAUUGCUGAAUGUGGAAGCCAUGAGGAAUUGUCAAAAAUUGAAGGAGGAAUUUACGCAGGUUUUGUUAAAUCACAGCAAUUGAGGGAAGGAAGUUCAGAAAGACCAAAGGAAGGUCUACAGGAACAACUUUCCAAGGAAGAAUUUAUACGUCAAAGAAUGGAUGAGGGUUUCAAGAAACAUUUUCAGAAGACGUCAGAGCACAAUGAAGGCGGUCUUUGGAUGUUGUACCGUAGCUGCCUCUAUCAUUACAAAAAAGCCCUUUUUGCUGUUACGGCCUCUGUUAUCCGAGGAUUUGAACUGUUUGCCUUCGUUAUUAUUUACAGAGUUACCUUUAGUGGGUUCGAUGCUUCAGACAGUGAUGAGAUGAUACGCACGCUACGUGAUGCUUUUAUUGAGUUUCUUGUUGUUGGAAUUCUCUGUUUGGGAGCUUUGACUGGGGCAACAUUUAGUUGUGGCUGGUUGGCCGAAACUGUUGUAGACAGUCUGCGAAUAAAAGCUUUGAGAAAACUUCUUUACCACAACGCCACAUAUUUUGAUGAUCCAUCUCGAAGCCCUGCAGUGACAGUUACUCGGCUAACAGUUGAUGCGCCAAAUAUAAAACCUGUAUGUUUCAAGAACACUUUGUUUGUGGCUUUGGAUCAUCGUCUGAUGCAAAUCAUAAACAAUGGGUCAGGCUUAAUUGUUUUGAUUGUCACAGGAAUUGCUUUUUCAUGGCAGAUUGGACUGCUGGGCACUCUGUGUUUUAUUGUUUUCUUAUUCAUCUUUUACAUAUGCGCUAUAUUAGUUCAAAAAUCUGAGGAGAGCGCAGUUGCUGGAGAUCUUUCUGGGGAGAUUGCAAUUGAAAUUGUAGAACAGCUUCGAACCAUUCAGUUGCUAACGCGGGAAAUACACUUUUCAACCUGCUAUGCUGAAAGCAUCUCAAAAGCCGCGGCGGCUUACAAAAAGGGGAUUAAAGCGGAAGCCGUUCUGUACUCUUUAGCCACUUCGUCCGGAUUCUUCACAGAUAUGUCAUCCUAUGGUCUUGGUAUUUAUCUUAUUUAUCAUGGCCUUACUACAGCAACGGAGGUUUACACGUACGACCUCAAAUAUUUGUUCUAUUCUAGUUUUAGAGCAGCUAUUGCUAUACAAACAGGCGGAUUUUCUUUAAUAUUAGUAGCUGGCAGUCUGAACUCCUUUGUUCAAGGUGGAAGUGCAGCACGAUCAAUUUUUAAAAUUAUUAAUGCAGAAGACACUAUCCCGAGAAUAGACGGUGAGUCAGAACCGGUAAGUCUUGUUCGUUUUUCAAGCUUUAUUUGCUUUUCAGUUGGUACUUUUUUCUGAGC